AAUAUGAGGUUAUCCUAGAAAUUAAAGUGCAUCCAUCAGCAACAACUAUUUUGAUCUUUUAGUUGUUAAUGAUAGUUUGUUUACUGCAGGACGACGUGGUGAUGGGAACCCUGACGGUCCGAGAAAACCUCAGCUUCUCGGCAGCGCUGCGCCUGCCAUCGACCGUCUCUCAGCAGGAGAAGGAGCAGAAAGUCAACAGAGUGAUCCAGGAGCUGGGACUGACCCGGGUGGCCGACUCCAAGGUGGGGACGCAGCUGAUUCGUGGGAUCUCCGGCGGGGAAAGGAAGAGGACGAACAUCGGCAUGGAGCUGAUCAUCGACCCGCCCGUACUCUUCCUGGACGAGCCCACCACAGGCCUCGAUGCCAGCACUGCUAAUUCUGUGCUGCUGCUGCUCAAGAG